CCGUGGUUGUUGACGACGGACAUCGUAACACUGUGGGUAGCAUUAUGGAAGAGCUAGCGUCGAUCAAGAUCAAUCAAACCGAACGGUGCAUCUGCGCACCGUGUUGGAAGCGGGUGCUGGAAGCACAGGAACUGCGGAGCGCAAUACGCAGUUCGAAACUCCUCGGUGACGCCAGUGAGGAAUCCGCCAUCGAGUGCCCGGUGGUGAUCCAGCCAUGCCCGCAGGAGGACAGCAAAGUGUACGAGGAGUACGAGUAUUUGAUGGAAUACUUCGAAAACUGCGGAUCGAACGAUCACACCUACAACAAUCGAGAGGACGAGGACGAAGUCUCCACGGUGGGGGACGAAUACUAUGUUAAAGAUGAAGACCAAGCAGAUGAACGGUCGUCGUUCCUGUUUGAGACAAACAUUAUUGCCGAUAGCAAACCGGACGGCGAUGAAAAUCGGUCCGCGAAUAUUACGCGCCAGUUCGAGAUGCCGGACUCGUCGCUUAUCGUGCACGACGAACUGCACGAGCGGCACCGGCGGGUGGAGGUGGCCGGGGAGCGAUGCUGUGGCUGCAGCUACGUUGCGCCCAACCGCAAAGGCCUGAUGCAGCACUCGGAAACGGUGCACGCGAUCAAUAUAGUCGACAUUGGCGAUUACUGUCCGAUCUGUUUCUACAAGUUCGCCACCGACCAGCAGCUGGAGCGGCACAUACAGGAGUUCAAGUCGAACAGCAUGUACGUGUGUUUGCGGUGCAACCGAUUCUACAACAUGCGCCGCCGUCUGUACAAUCACCUGCUAAGGUGCUGGGACGAAGAGCUCGGUGGUGCGCUGAAUGGCGAGGACUCGCCAGAUGAGAACGAGGAUGACGACGGGCAGGACAUGGACGAACUCGACGAUGAGGCUGAGGUGUAUGGCGAAGAGGUCCCAGGCGAGUACGACACGAUCGAGUACCUUCUGCAGCAGGACGACGCACCGCUCCGUGGAAUCGAUCGCCGGCGGAUGCACCGCUACCGGGAUCAAUUUCCCGAAGUUCUCGCUAACGUCGAGCUAUCGUACGGGCUCGGUGAGGACCAGCUGAACAUAAAUCCGAAUCAAAUCAUCGCGCAGGGUGAGUUCGAGACGUUCAAAUAUGUGCGAUUGCGCGGGGAACGUUGCUGCGGCUGCCCCUACACGUGUUCCACGCGCGAGAAGCUGAUGGAACACGCCAACCGUGAGCAUCCGGAAGGGCCGUUGACGGAUGCGGUCGACGAUCGGACCACGUGUGGACUGUGCCGUGUGCAGUUAGGGGACGAAGUGGAACUGGUGAAACAUUUAAGCUUCUUCGUGAGCAGACAGCUCUUUUUCUGCACCAUCUGCCGCGAGUCGUUCCUGACGCGCGACAGUCUGCGGCACCAUCAGGAGCACAGUAAGGUCCACCAGCACGAGGUGCUCGAGCGUCACCAGGAGGCCGGUCUGAAGGCGGAGGACUUUGUUGAACUCGAUCGGCCGGAUGUGGGGGAGCGGCUAGAGAAGCUGCUGGCGCUCAGGAUGGUCAAUCGCAUGAAGGGGUCCCGCCACAUGCGCAUGCCGGACGCUCGGUUCAUCAAGGAGGUGGUAGAGUACAAAAACUACCGCAAGCUGACCGUCGUCGGCGAACAGUGCUGCGGGUGCGGAAUGUUUUUCGACACCACGGCCAGCCUGAAGGAGCACUCCCGGGAGGCGCACUUUACUCCGAUGGCGCACGCGGACAGCCCCUGGAAGGCGAACCACGAGUGCGAGAUUUGCCACACGCAGUUCGAAGGCGAGCGUGGCCUCGCGCUGCACAUGGGUGCGUCCCGGGUGAACCGGGGCAAAAGCACGACCAACCUGUACGUCUGCAAGCUGUGCGGGUUGCUGUUUUCGAAAAAGUUUUGCCUCGGAAGACACAUGCAGUUUGCGGCCAAUCACCUGUCGCGCCUGAUCGAGGAUGCGACCCGGAGAAAAGCGGACGACGCUGCUCCGGAGGACGAAGACGACGAUAGGAGUGCCAUCAGCCAGGAUCCGCGGAUUGCGGAAGCGCUGCAGUUGCACAAGACGAUGCGCACGGACAAGGCGGGGGCCCAGAUUGGGCACCACUGUUGCUUCCCCAAGUGCCGCGUUCGCUUCACCGACGAGUCCGAGCUGCUGGAGCACGUGCACGACGAGCACGGCGGAAAGCGGCGCGAGUUUGAGUGCGAACGGAAGUCGGAACAAAACGUGUGCCCGGCUUGCUGCAAAUCGUUCGACACUCGGGCCAAACUGAACUGGCACCGCGUGCAGCGCUUCGUGCCGCGCCGAUACAGCUGCAAGCGCUGCGACAAAACGUUCGAAAAGUGGCCACUGCUGAAAAUUCACGUCGCCACCGAUCACGAGAACGCGCCGCCCAGCUUCCCGUGCACGCAGUGCAACAAAACGUUCAUCAACGUGUCGCGCCUGCGGGUUCACGAGAAAAUUCACGACACGCACCUCCGGUUCGCGUGCGACGUGUGCGGUGACCGGUUCCGGUACAACGGCUUGCUUUCGCGCCACAAACGGGCGAUGCACUCGAGCGAGCUGCGCUUCGAGUGUAAGCUGUGCCCGAAAAAGUUUGCCGUUGCGGAAAAGCUCAAGAUCCACCAGCGAGUGCACACGGGGGACCGGCCGUACGGUUGCACGUUCUGCAGUCGCCACUUUAGCCACUUUACCGACCGGAAGCGCCACGAAAUGUCGGCCCACACGGGCGAACGGCCGCACCGGUGUCCGUUCUGUCCCGCGGCGUACAUCCGCAACCGUGAGCUGGCCAUGCACAUGCGGAAGCACAAGGAACACGAAGAACCUACCGACGGCAAGAUCGUCGAGCAAUGAUCAAGACAAAAAGCACGUUUUAUUAUGUGAAUAAAAUAAG